AUGUUUUGGGCAAACGUCCUCAUGCUCACUGCUCGAAUAGUCAUGCUCAUCUUCUGGGAUACUGCAGAUUUGGGUGCAAGAUUUCUCGUUAAUGACCCGCACGCUUUGGAUUCGGUGCAGAGGAAUCUAUCGUUAAGUAGAGACGAUGCAUUGACUUUUAUCAAAGGAUUAUUUCCCGAAGCGAUUUCCAGUGGAGUGUCCUAUUUGGCUAAAACCGAUGCCCAUGAUGUUGUAGCCUUGAGACUAAGCACGUUCCGAACACGGGAUGAAGCCGCUGAAGAAGCUCAGGGUUUGCCUUACGAGGACCUUUCGACCACACUUUCCCGAACUCUAGCCAUGCUGCGCACACUGCAUCAACAGUUUUGGGCCGCCGUCGAUCCCGACAUUAACAAAGUCUACUUUUUAAUGGCUGUACUAGUAGCAGAUAAAUAUUGCGGAACCGACCUCGCUGAUAAUUUGAUUCACCACAACAUGGAUGAAAUUCGAUUCAUGAAAGUUGACGGUCUAGCAGCCGACGCAGCCAUCUUCCAUUCGCAAAAGAAAAUUGAGGAUUUCGGCUAUCGCGUUGUGGCUGAAGUGGAUCGAUUAACAUUUUUCAGUGCUGAAGACGUCUCGCACGAUCAUGAAAGUGACAAAGCUCGGAUCGUCUUCAAAGAACCGUGGAGAGACGAAACUAUCGGCGCUCAUAUCGGCUGUUGA